CCUCGAGUGUGUGUUCAAGAUGGCGGCCCCCGGUAAACAUGUAGGGUAUUACAUCCAUAGAAAUAGUCGCUUUAUUCUCACGAACUUGGAGCAAUUAUAUAUUAACAGGAACUUUAGUUGGAGUGCAGCAGGGUGCCAGCAAAGUGCAUCAUCUCAAACAGUGUCUUCAGAGGAUAUAGUCAUCCCCAAAAAGAAAACAUGGUCGAAAGAAGCUGUACUACAAGCCCUGGCAUCUACAGUCAAUAGGGACCCCACAGCCCCUCACUACAUGUUUCAGGACGACCCUUACCUGACCCCCCGAAACAGCGGCGAGUUUAGGCUGUACUCCCUCUCCCAGGAGGCAGGACGAGCAGCAGCAAAGUACUUUGUCAACACACACCCAAAGUUUUUCAAGAAGGAGUUCGCUGAGCCACACAUACCAUGUCUGAUGCCAGAGUCGUUGGAGCCCGUUCUGGAGGAGGUGAGUGAGGCUGCUCUGGUAGAGAGGAUCUCCCUGAGGAAGGUUCGUGCUGCUGUGGACAUGUAUGACCAGCUGCUACAGGCUGGAACGGCGGUCUCUUUGGGCGUGACCAAUGACCUGCUGGACCUGAUAAGUUUCUAUUGCGACCGGAACCCUGCACAGGAUGACAAGCCAGAUACAGAGGAGACGGAGGAAGUUCCGGAUGGGGGCUGGAAGAAGAGGGGGAAGAUGAGGAAACCGUCCGACCCAGUCCAGUUGGUCUGGAGGGAGAACAACAAUGCAGAACGGAUCUUUAGCCUGCUUCCGGAAAAAGACAGUCGCUCCUAUUGCGCCCUCAUCAAAGGCAUGGUCAAGCACGGCGCCCAUCCCAAGGCCUUCAGCAUGUACACUGAGCUGCUGAACAACCGUCUGACUGCGGACAUCCACACCUUCAACGGUCUGAUCAGCGCUGCUCCGUUUGUCAAAGAGAAGUACAACGACAAGUGGGACCUGGUUGUGGAGCUGUUGAAGCAGAUGAGUUACCAGAAGAUCCAGCCCAACCUGCUGAUGUUCAACACCACACUGAAGGCCUUGGCCUACUGUGGUCCCCUGAGCCGCGCCCAGGCCAUGCCCCUGCUCAGUGAGAUGAAGGCUAUGGGCAUCGCCCCCAGUCUGGCAACAUUCAAGCACCUCCUGCGCAUCUUCCAUAAAGCAGCCCUGACCAGCCGAGCCAAGUCCAACAUGUUACACGACGUGAUGGCAGAGGUGUCAGGAAAGAGCUUUGUGUGUCAGGACCCUGAAGAUGUGUAUUUCUUCUCACAAGCCAUGAAAAUAUGUCUAGACACCAAGGACAUUGAGAUGGGAUACCAGGUUUACAACCUUUCGCAAACAGGAGAGAACUGGAGGCUGUUAGGAGACACCUACCAUCAAAGUAUCUUCUAUGGACGAUUUUUCAGCCUGCUGUGUUUGAUGGAACACAUAGAUGUGGUGCUGAAGUGGUACAAGGAGCUAAUCCCCUCUCUAUACUACCCCAACCCCCAGGGCAUGAUGGAUCUUCUGCAGGCUCUGGACACUGACGGCAGACUAGACCUGAUCCCACAGGUCUGGAAAGACAUCCGUCGUCUGGGCCAUGACAACAAGUCCACUGUGGUGGAGGAGGUUCUGACUCUCAUGGCCAGAGACAAACACAGCCCUGAGGUCCAGGAGGCGUUUGCCGCGUGUGCCCUGGACGUGAAGGCGGUGUACCAGCAGGGGAACCGGGGGCAGGAGGUCCUGACCUGGUCGGUGUCUGCCCUCACAGACGUCACCUCCCUCCUGCUGGCUGCCCACAACACCCAGCAGGCCUGGGACAUGCUGACGCUGUUCAAGACCAAAAACAGGGUUCCACCGAAGGAGCUGUUGGACAACUUCCUGUCAAGCUGCAGAGGCGAUGGCGGCUCUGAGAAGGCUGUGAAGCUGGUGAAGCUGUCUGCCGACUUCUGCCACCCCUCCACCCCCGGCCUGGCUGCCAGGGUGCUGCAGGAGUUUGAGCUCACCGAUGAGCAAAGGGCUGCUGUGUCUGAGUUUGAAGUCGCUGCGGAGGUCAGCAACUGACAGCAGCCGGGGACUCUGGGAUGUCUGUCUGUGUAGAGCGUACACCUGUACGCAGAUGUGUUGAAUCAUGAUCAAUAAAAACACAAUUCUAUGUUUAAAACUAGACUCAACUACAGGAAGUUAUGUUGAUUCUGAUCAUCAGUGUUAAUAGCUGAUUUGUAGGAGUGUAUUACUGGUGCCACUUCAUUGACUUAUGGCUUGUUUUUUGUUACGUGUUAAAUAUACAUUAAAAUUCAUUACA